AUGAUAAACCCCCAGGGAUUUGAUAUUCUUAGAGUAUAAGGAAAUUUUUCUCCACCUGUUGCUUCUUCAGAUAGAUAAAUUGAUAAGGAGUUCGAAGUUAUAAAAAUAGUAGGCUAAGGCUCGUUUGGUGUAGAAAUUAUGAAGGAUUUAUAGCAUUAGAAUAUCAUUUAACUUGUGGAUUCAUUUAUAGAAAGCAUGGCUUCAUCGCCACAAAUAAAAAAUGGUAGCUCUCAAACUGAAAGACAAUAAUCCUUUCUGCAUAUCAUAAUGGAGUUUGCAGAGAAUGGUGACGUCUAUUAACUGAUAUAAUAACAAAAACAGAGAGGGAGAUAUUUUUCUGAAAAAGAUCUAUGGCAGUUUGCUUGGUAAAUGUGCCUAGGUGUUCUGCAUUUGCAUUCUCAUGACAUUAUUCAUAGAGAUAUUAAAUGUAUGAAUCUCUUGCUACUUGAAAACAACUAAAAAAUAAAGCUUGGCGAUAUGAGUGAAUCUCGAGUUUUGGAUCAUCAAAGCUAUAUUAAGACAAAUAAGAUAAUUGGAACUCCGCAAUCAUUAGCCCCUGAAGUCAUUAAAAACGAGAGUUAUGAUUAGCGGACAGAUAUAUGGGCUCUUGGCGUAGCAUUAUAUCAUAUGAGCUGCCUUGAGCCUCCUUGGCAAGAGGAUACAAUUUAAAACUUAUUUAAAAGUAUCCUCUAUAAAAAUCCAAAACCCAUCCAUACUUGUUAUUCCUAAAAAUGGUCGGAGUUCAUUUUCAUGCUUCUUGAUAAGAAGAAGGAUUCUCGACCCUUAGUAAUAGAUUUGAUAGACUAUUUUAACUAAACACUUCCAUAAUAGAUUUGCUUGAAGCCUGAUUCAAUUGACUUUGAAAAUUACUAUAGAUAUAGUGAGUAAUGCAGAAAAGCAUAUGAUAAGAAACGUAUGAUUGAGAGUAACUAGAUUAGCAUUAAGAAUGAAUUUUCAGCAUUAAAGCGAAGAGUUGUAACAAGGGGAAAAAAUUUCAAGGCUAAUUACCUUAAUUACAAAGGGAACAACUAAAGCUAAAUAAAUCAGGUGCUAAAGGAUGCGUAGUACUCUAAUAUUUUACCUCAAAUACAGAACAACAGAAAUUUUAGUACAGCAAAGAAAGGUCAAAAUAAUUAAACCAUUGAAGAGAAUAAUUUAGAAAAAAAUAAUGCAAUGGUCAGGUUGACAUCAGCCAACAUUUAACCAUAAUCUUAAGACUUAUAAAUGAAGGAAGUCAUAUUGGAAAGUCAUUUGAGAAGCUUAAGUGGCACAAAACCAGUGACUCAGAGAGGAUCUCACAUUAAUAAAUCUAUUGGGGGAAAUAUGAAGAGAAUGAGUGGAAGCAUUGAUAAUUAAUUGGGCUCAUUCACAGAUAAGCAGUCUCCAAGAGUAGAAAAACAUGAUACCUUCUUAGAUUAUGUUAGUGAAAACUAUUUAAAAUUGCAAUUUCAAAAUUCAGAAAAAGGAAGCCAUAUAUAGUCCACUCAAUAGCAUUCACUAUACAUUGGAGAUGAUAGUGAUCAUAGUCCUCCUUAGUAUUAAAACUUUAGCGAACCCUAUAGGAUAAAAAACCUAAAGGGAAAUUUUACUGGAAAUGUGAUCUUCAGGUAGCCAACUAAGAAAGUAUCUCAGCCAUUAAUAAAGCGUAUAAACUACCAGAUUGUAUCGAAUGCAGGAAAUUUUCAUAAAGACAAGUAAAUCAGCACUUUAGAGUAAAGAGAUAGUGAAUUUUAGCAGUCUCAGUUUGACUUCGAUAACUUUGAUAGCUACAACAACCUGAAUUUGCAACAAAAAUCUAAAUCAAGCUAUGAUAAUCAUUCUAGAUCGACUCAUGGCCCGGGAAAUAUCAGCGAUCGAAUCAAAGACAGCAAAAUACUUCAAAAUAGUGAGAUCAUGGACUAAAUUUUUCAGCCAAGCAGUUAGGAAAUAGCUGCUAUAUAAGAUAAAAAUUGGAGUCUCUUCAGCAAAAGUUUUAAGAAAUAAAAUAGUUAGCAUUAACCUAAUACAACCUAGACUUAAACUAGCAGUUUGGAUGAUGGAAACUCAAUGAGGGUAAGCAUUAACUAUAAAUAAAUCCUUAAUCAGCCGUUUGGAAGUUAACAUAUCUAUAAUGUCAAGAACGACGACAAGGUAUUGGUGAUUGGAAAGGAUUAAAUUAAUUUCAGCAUUCAAUCUGCAUAGCAUAAUCUGUAAACAGGUAAUUUGAAUAAUAAAGACUACAACCAAACUCAAAAAUUUGUGUCAAUGAAAUCGCCUAUUACACACUGUUAAACAACUACCCAUUAAAAGCAUGAUAUAAUUGAAAGGCAGGAAAGUUUCAUGACGAAUCAGAGUACUCAUUAGAGACAAUCAUCACACUAGUAAGCCAAUAAUAGCAUUCCUACAGCACCAAGUCAAUUCAGCUAGUAAAAAGCAGGGAGUGAAACCAGAACUCCUACUGGCAUUGGAAUAAAUCAAAGUCAGAAGUAAGUAUAAAUAUCAAAAAGAAAAAUAACAAUUAGAGAUCUGUAAUGA